AUGGCAGCGUCGCGUAUCGUAGCCCACCCUCCGCCCUAUCUCCACCGCCUAUCUCCGCCGUCAGACGCCGUACCGUCCCUCAACCUCAAACUUCACUCUAAACGGUACCGUAACCUCAGCAUUCGAGCUUCUCUUUACGAGGAGAAACAGCAGAAGAACGAUCUCGCCGAUAAUCCUCACUCUGUCGAAUUGCGAACCGCCCCCCACGACGUCGUUUCGCGAGAUCCGCUCAUUCUUCCGCGCCCUUUAACUGCUUCAGUUUCUGACGGUUCUGGCCUUCGUGUGGCAUAUCAGGGGGUUCAUGGUGCUUACAGUGAAUCAGCAGCACAGAAGGCCUACCCAAAUUGUGAAGCUGUGCCGUGUGAACAAUUUGACACCACUUUUGAUGCUGUUGAAAGGUGGCUUGUGGACAGAGCAGUUUUGCCAAUUGAGAAUUCUUUAGGAGGAAGCAUCCACAGAAAUUAUGACCUUUUACUCCGGCAUAGUUUACAUAUAGUAGGAGAAGUAAAAUAUGCUGUCCGUCACUGUUUGAUGGCCAAUCAUGGUGUUAAACUUGGGGAUUUGAACCGGGUUCUAAGUCAUCCACAGGCUCUGGCUCAAUGUGAGAACACACUGACAAAAUUGGGAUUGGUGCGAGAAGCAGUUGAUGAUACGGCUGGUGCUGCAAAGGUUAGUGUAGAAUUAUUGAAAGGUGUUGAAAGGGGAAAAAGUACAUGCAAGGGACAUUGA